ACGGCGCAAGCCACGGCGCGGCGCUAGCGCCUCUAAUGCCUGCGCCGCCCGUGCCGCCGCCGCGAUAAGCGCAGAGCCCGCAGCCGCGGCGGCCCCUCGGUGCACCUCUCCCCUCCGGCGCGCAAAUCAGGCCCGGGCUGACAGUCGCGCCGAGCGCUGCGCCGUCGUCGCCGGCAGCCCGAGGUCUGCGCUCUUCUUGGGACGGCCCACGCAGCGCUGACUUUUGUCCUUUGCGUCAGUUUCGUGAGGUAUCUCGGCGCCCGCCCCUUUUCUCUUCCGACAGCUCUGUGCGGUGUCAAUUGUGCGGGCGCGUUGCCGUCACGUUAUUCUGCCACCACCUGUCACCGGCCGUUUCACACUCCUUUACUUCCAUCAUCAUCAAGGAGACACUGGGUGACCGAAGUGACGAUCCGGAGAGACGCAAUCAAAAGAGCUGCUGGAGCUGCUUUCACAAGGACGGAUCUGUGCGGAUGUUGUGACUGUGUUACGUGAAGUGACGCGUUGCGCUCCCCAGGCACUGAAGCUGCGUGCUUCCGCCGCAGUUUGGACUGCGUGCAGUCAAGAACCUCUGUUCGCUGUUCGCUCAGUCUGCCUCCUAAAUAGCCGCUGAUCGACGCCUAUUAUUCUGAUCAAGCUUGCGCACGCGGUGAUAUUAAUGACCUUUCGAUGUUGACGUGACACUAAAGGCUGCUUCGUACGUGGUAGUUCCCUUGUGGCCGCACGCUGUUCGUGACGUUGCGCCUUGGAAUGAUGUUGCUGCUUGUCCCUUGUGGAUUCCGUUACUUCUAGAUCUGCUAACUGUCACGGUCCCUGUCUUCAGCCCAACAACUGACUACGUGCGCGCGACCUGCCAUGUCUGCGGUUCGCCGAGAUUCCCCAUGAGUCACCGCUCUCUUGAGUGCCAAGCCAGCGUCCCUUCCCACGUCCACCUAGCUCUAAACCGAUCCCUUGCGGAUGCGUCGCCAUCCAACGACUACGGCGAUCCCUGGCCCCUGUAGGAGAAGCACCGAGUGGUCAGUAUACACCGCCGCCAGCCAUGAUGUGUGCGACUUCUGCGCCAGCGCCGCCAUGAAGCAGCAGAGUUACCGCGUCACAGCCACGCUCGCCUGGGCUCUGGCAGUGCUCCAGUGCACAGCGGUGGCUUCGGCCUGGAGCAUCGAGGACUAUGAGACCCCAUGGGCUAAGCCACCGCGGACACUACGGCUUGAUGCAGAGCCAGCACGCAUUGUCAAGCCGGUGCCGCCGCAGCAGCAGCAGCUCGGUUAUGUCGGCUCGCCGGACUAUUGGCCGUUUUCGGGACAUGCGGCGCCGUCCUUUGACCCCGCAACGCCACGUAACGUCACCACCCAGCUGGGACAGACCGUGUACCUCAGCUGCAUGGUCAACAACCUCGGAGACAAAACCGUAACGUGGAUCAGGCGCAAAGAUCUGCACGUUCUGACCGUGGGUCUGGACACUUACGUCCAGGAUCCGCGCUUCCAGGCCAUACACCUGGAGCGCUCCAACGACUGGGCGCUGCAGAUUCGCUACGCGCAGCUCAAUGACCAGGGACUCUAUGAGUGCCAGGUGAGCUCGGACCCCAAGAUGAGCCUGUUCGUGCGCCUGCGCGUGCUGGUGGCACGAGCCGAGAUCGUGGGAGCCAGCUCGGGCCAGCUGUUCCUCAAAACGGGCUCCACCAUCAACCUGACGUGCGAGAUCAGCCAGAGCCCCGAGCCGCCCGUGUUCGUCUUCUGGUACCACAACGAGCGAAUGAUCAACUACGACGAGGCGGCCAAAAGCCACAUCCUGGUGCGCAAGGCCGGCCGCAACGCCGCCGUGUCACGGCUGCUGGUGCACGACGCGGUGCCCUCGGACUCCGGCAACUACACCUGCGGGCCCUCGAACGCGGACGCCACGAGCGUCGCCGUGUUCGUGCUCAACGGUGAGAAGCCGGCCGCCAUACAGCAUGAUGCCACGCCCCCUUCAACAGCUCAGCCCUCCGUGUGCGUGUCUGAUGUGGUGGUGCUGCUUGCGGUAUUGGUAGCCUUGAGGACUGUGCGUGCCCACAGGUGAUGAAAGUGGACGUCGCCUCCUGCACGUCGACACGCCACACAGAUCAGAUCACCCAACGACAGCACUCCUGCACCUUCACCGCGCGGAACGAUGCUAGCCAACCGUGACUCGGCAUGAAGCGCGUCCCCAUUGCAACACGACACGACCACGGUUUGUUUCGCCGCAGAUACGGCAAACGCCCUCGUGAAUGUAACAGUGCGUCCGCAGGCUAUGGGCAAAAACUGCGCACUGUUCUGCAUUCUUCAUGUGUGUGAUGUGUGCGUGUGUUCGGGCGUGUUCCGCUUUCGGAGUGCGACCGUCAGUCUUUCUUCUCUGUGUUUGCUUUCAUUGCCUACGCUGUCUUCGAUGGCGUGUACUUGUAACCGACGGAGGAUAUAGUAUCACAACCGCAGCGAUAUGCCGGCCGUGAGGUGCAUGGGAUCAAACUCGGCGGCAGAGGAGACGCUGACUGCGAAAUGUGACAGAGCCUCCCUGAUGUUUGCAACUUAUCCAACGUUAGAUACCGCAAUACCACACCCCCCUCCGUCACUCUGCAUCUUCAACGACGUUCCCAUGCCUUCCUUUGCUGCUUUUUAAGCACUUGUUAGUCAGCGACGCACCGGGUAAAGAGUCUGGAAUCGUAAAAAUACCGAGGAAAUCCAACUGUGUGAAUGGUCAGACCUGGGAAGAAACGACUACGGCAAUAGUGCGUGGUUACUUUUUUUUACUAUAUUUUACAAUACCCUUCCUUACCGUGUUCGUUGACGCAAGGAGGCAUGGCUUUAUUACAGUACUGUGUACGGCGCAGAAAAGUCGAAAACAAAGGAGGGACGUAGCUAACAGCACAGCGAGUCUCAUCACUGAAGCGCUGGAAAAGACGAUGCAGCCUAAGCAUUUGCAGGCCCAGGAUAGGCCUUUCUGUCAAACCUACAAAGGCACGCAGCAUGCUAAAAAUGAAUGUAUAUAGAUACAUCUGGUGAACUCAGCGUGCGUACCCCAAUUGUGAAAAUUGAAAGAAAGAAAAACGUUUAGCAGAACUGCUUGAUCAGCAAGUUCGUAGUAUAUGCACUCACUAAAACUAGCGAAACUGCUAGCAUACACAAAUCGAUGAGGUAACAGGACGAGCUCUAAAUUUUAAUUUUUAUUGCAUAGCAUGCAUUGCAUACAAAGGGUACUGGUCUCGGACUGAUACCAGUCCAGAUUGUGAUAAUCCGGAUAACCGUGUUUGUUCAUGUUAUCUUGCAAUGUUGAUAUGAUGUGUCGCAUCAUGGAAAACAGUAUUCUAGCGCGUGGUAUGGCUGUAUAUGCUGUAGGUAUGAAAGCAUAGGCAGAGAAAUAUGGCUCAUAGAUGGCAUCAGUUACCUAGGUUUUGGCACGGUCUCUGCCAUGUGCUGCCAUCACUGGCACUUGCAGGGACUAGUACCGUCGUCAUAUGCGAUUUGGCUUUGAUACAGAUUGCACAGCGUUCUGAACCUGUCACCCUAAGUAAUGUGAGGUUAUUGUAAGUAGUUUAAUGAAUGAAUAAUAAUUAUGUGGACUUAUUGGUGCUAGUAACCAAUACCAUGUUCUACGGCUUCGGCUGUUCGAUUAACUGCGAUUCCCGUUACUGCUACAAAGGUUCGUAUGCGACCUAUUUUGUUCAAUUUAAAGCACCUGAUUUCUUGUUUUCAGGUACACUCUCUAGUUGAAGGAAAGUAAAAAUGCACAAAUAUUAGUUUUAAUAAAUACGCUACCACAUAGCAACGUGGAAAUCAGUCAGGCAUAGCGAAAAGUCAUGAUUUAUUGAAUCACUUCGAGUUGAAUUUCAUGAAAUAUGUGUGUCAUAUGGAACUAAAUUACGUAAGGAAGCAGUACUUUCUUUGUUUGGAAAUGUGGGGAAAAAAUUAAAGGGGUCGCCUGACAUCUGUGUCAACGUUCCGAUUAGCCGCGUUGUCAAUCAAGGACUAGUCCUGUUGCAGGAAACGUGGCCAUUGGUAUUCCUAUAUUUGCUGUGCGAAGAGUGCUUCGUAUACUUUCACAGCUUUUUGCCAAGUAACGUGGAGCCAGUGUCUAAACUGCGUACAUCUGCAGCUUUCUUGGUCUCCAAAGUAAAGACCUAAGAUUGCAUUGAGAGCUUUCGUCACUGUGGUGGCUGCGAUUUUUACUUUUCGCCAAGUUGAUAAACUGGUGGUGUUUGAUGUGACGAGAAAUUCUGCGUAUAUGCUGUUCCUGUCAACACUUAUUUGUAUCACAUGUUCCCCGAAUACUUUCUGAAUAUAGCGCAAUCACUGUCGCACAAACGAACGAUUGCUGAGGCAUCUUGCUGGCUGUUAUAACUCACUUUGCUUGAAAUAACUGACAACCAGCCAGAAUGUGUUGCGAGACAAUGAUGGCGUUGAAAUGAGCAUGGUUUAUGGUUUAAUGAGCAUGGCGAUAGAAUCCAGCAUUCUAUUGGCGAUAUAAAUAGUAAUUAUAACUUAAAUUAGCGAAGAAAGUCUCAAAGACCAGCAAGUGGCGCGGCCUGGCGGUGAAACCUUGGUUCUCCGGAUGUAGUGUAUGAUAUUCCUGUACGUAAGUCCACUGUUAUUAAGUGCCGCAUACUUAUUGCUUAAAAUAGCAAUUCGUAUAUUUUAGGCGCUUGCGCUUUAUGGCAUGCGUAUUAUGAACUAAAUAACGUCCACGCUCACCAGUGGCAAGGGCGUCCCAUCCCAUGGCAUGACGAUGCACAUGCGGUUGUACGCGCGCGAGUUUGCGAGUAAGUACCCAGGGUUAUGGGGCUUUCCUUUGAGAUACAAUGUGCCGUCGACUACGUGUGCCGUAAAUGGGUGUCAGCACUACAAUAUUGGCACACGCGUGGCUAAAGUAGCAGGCUGAACUGCAUGUCGCGUGUAAAAGCGUCGUUUGCUUUCGAUAACCUCGGUAGUCGGACAGGAAACCACGAAAACACGUAUCUAUUAUUUCAAAAAUAAUUUAACACUUCGGAAAACACGAAUCGCAGGAGCAUCGACUUGAUAAACAAAAUAAUACUUUCUCGCAGCUAUGGCAGCGCUUGUCAUCUGCCUCCCACAUAUACCGGCGUAUAAUCGCUAUUGCGCUCAACUACUGUUUUCAGCAUGCUUCCAGUGAACGGCUAAACUCCCGCUGAAGAAAAAUUCUGCUAAAAAGUUUUCUAUUCUGUUUUCCGCGUCACCACUUCAUGAUUACACACUUUGACCUGUAAGCUUACCGUUGCACUAAAAAAUGGGUAACAUGAAAAUUGGUUGUCAGCCCCUUUAAGCAUCACCGAAAACGAUCUGUCGACACUAACACCCUAACUUUGGAGGUCACUAGAUUGGUAGGUACCUUGAACUUUUCUGAACACCCAGGUGGGAUGGAGGCUUCACGCUGAACUAAAUUUAUAAGAAAAGGCACCAGGCGUUUGAACGACGAGAAGAUUUCAAGAGUGCUGCUUUAUCUCCGACCUUGAACAUUUGACUAGAACUGUAGAAGGUUGCAAUCUACUCGCUCUGUAGGCGCCCGUUCGCCCUCAGAAUUCCGUCCUUCAUUGAAGCAUUCACGAAACACUGCCGCAACAACAUUGCAGCGAGAAUUACAGGGCCCUGAGCACGUCCGAACCGGGCUCUGGCAAAUUACAUUUAAUAACAAACUGACCGCCGAUGGGGCAUGCAGAGACGGUUUCUCUGUUCUCGGUGUAGAGUUUUUGGUGAAUUAACCCACAUACUUGCUAUCAUUCAUUUGAACGGUAUGAAUACCACCACUUCAAUUAAAAUGAAAUUAUCGGACAAAACACGGGAACUGCAACAAACCUCAGUCAUGUGCCAACGCUUUAAAAAGAAAGAAAAAAAACAUUAGAGCUGGAAUCAGGGUUCUUAUCUCCCAAGAUUUCCUCAAGUUCCUUUAACCAUCAUUAUAAUUAGUCAACUUGAUUCGACUGCCACAAGAAGGCUCCUAGCACGGGUCAUUUCUAUCGCUGUUCGCGCCAGUCGAAGCCAUCCAAUGUCCGCAAUGCAUUCAGCGCCUCCUUCCUGUAUUGUAGUGUAGCCGUGAAAAGCUUUUCUUCUUAAAUUCCUCUGUGUGCCUCCCUUCGUUCGUUUAUUCCACAAUGGUUACGAGUGCUCUCUAUCACUCUAGGUUCAUUUCGUGACCAGUUAGCUCUGAGGUGAGAAUUCGGAAAGUGUACACCUAGCUGCGGCACUUUCCAGAAUGUGAUCGCCGUGAUGACGACAGAUCUCUGCCUAAGCUUCGAGCCAGGUAUUGAGGCCUUCAUUGUCAAGCUCUGGGUGCUACUUACCCGCUAUGCUACCUAAGCUUCGCAUUCAAUGCUGUUGCCCAGAUCGUUAAAUGACCGAUUUCCUUUCUGUCCGUUUCUCAUUCCGAAAACUUGCAUGCGCUGGUCUACGUCGCUACGAUUGCGGAAGAAAAACCUAAAGUUUGUCACGUUUAGCAGUCGCAUAGGCUUAUGGCUAGCACUUAUGCACCAGAGAUGAACACGAUAAAGAGUGCGUUGUUGGGCAAGUUGGUUCAUUGUAUUUGGAUCGUCUACAAAGCGUAUCCAAUCUUUCCAAAUACGAUAGAAGUAGAUAAACAGAGAAACGUAAGAAAAUAUUGUAUUCUUCGCAUGGUGCGUGAUGCUGUGGUAGAAAAUAGCUCGUUUUGAAGAAUGUUGAUUGGUACAAAAGAGUGAUGACAGGAACUCACACGAUUUGUUUCCUUGAAAGACUGCUGCCACAUGGCUUGACUGUCAUGAUAUUAUUAUAAGAACGUGCAGCCAACGUGAAUAUGUAUCAUCAUGCCGGAUCGAAAUUUUACACGUUGCUGAAGGGAACCAUGUGGUUUCCUUCAGAGCGAGAGAUGUGCGUAAGCAAAAGCAGCUCUUUGUUUUAGUGGCAUUAGGGGUCGUUCAGUACAAUAGCUUCACCCCCUCCUGGCCACCUCCACUUCUACACUUAGGGGGUGUUUACUACCGGUAAACAUCAGAGUACUCACAAUGCAAUUUUACAAGGUGUUGCAUGUUUUACAAGGGGUUACAAGUGCGUAACACGGGGCAAAUUUAUACGGGACUAUGUUGGGGAUCGUAAAAAAAAGCCAAGAGUUCUGGCCGCAUUUCACGGAUGGGACAUAUGUGUUAUUGCCCAUUUAAGAAAGAUUUUUUAUAACUGGAAAGAACGCGUGUUUGCGUCAAAAUGCAUUCUGGCACUCUGUGGGCUCUGCCUUCACUAGUGCGCAGCAUUCUUGUAUUAAUGAAGCAUUACGGUGAGCUAAAUAGGUAGACCCUACUCUGUAAUUGACAAGCUGCGAAUAUUACGGCCUCGAGCGUAAAAAAUUGUAGAUUGCAUGAGAGAAUACCGUUUUUGGCGGCUACUCGAUCACACUGGCGGAGAACCCAGAAAUACGCCUUCAUAUAGCUGCUACACGUUCUGCCGCACGUCGGGCAUUUAGCGGUUAAGCUUUCGGUGAUCAAAGGCACGUGAGCAAGUGAUUGUGAAGUUUUAACCGUGAUUGUCUAUGAGAGAGCGAGAGCGAAGCAACAAAAGGAAAGACAGGAUAGCCAUGCAGUCUGUAAAAGAUUAAAAUAUUCCGACAUUUCUAGAAAAAAAUACAUUUUUCAACAUAAAUCAUAGCAUGAACUAUGAAAAUAUUACACUUGUUAUAUAAUAUUAUACACAUAUUUCUGCUCACUGUAUCAAGAGUUGCCGAGAGGUUUCAGUUUAUCUUCUAAAAUUGGCAUGAGAACGUCGUCAAGUAGCGUUGGACAGCCACUAGUCAGCGGUGUCGCUUUUCAGAACGCGGUAUUGUGACCUAUCCCAUAACUGUAGAUUUAGCCCCCUUCCUGCAAGAUGUCCUGUUUGGCCUACGGUCGAAAAGUUUCAACGAUCUCAGAUGAGAUUCAUCACUGGGAUGGUAAAUUGGAAAGUUCGAGUCUGGCAAGGGGCUUUUUCAUAUUUUUUUUCACUGCAUCGCUGCUAAGUUCACCUAUUCGCCGCGCUGUAUAUACUACGUCGCUACUUGUGUCAUUACGAGUGCUUUCAGUUUUAGAGGCCGCUGUCGUGGCAGUAGAGGAGGUAAUAUCCACUUUAUUUUUUUUUGUUUACUGAGAGCAUCCAUUACCGAAGGCCGUCCUUUGUUUCUCCCGAAAUUUCCACAGCAUAGCGUGACGCCUAUCUUGCAUGGAUAACAACGCAAAAUAUUUUUUUUUCUUUGGAUACGGUUAUAUGACUAGAAAUAGCCAGUUUGAUGUUUAAGAACUGUCACUGAAGUAGACAAAUGUACUUCUUGUGAUUUGUAAUGCCAUCAAAUCAAAUAAUAUGAAUCAAAGCAGGACUAUGACAUCUGCUUUAUACGAUUAUGGUGACCUUAUGGGCAUUUGAUUUUUAUUUCUCUGAUCCUGCACAGGAAUCUGUAUUUUCACCUUUCCAUAUAAGAAUGCGGCUUUUAUACAAAUAAAAUAAAAGAUAUUGAGUAAAUUUCUGUUCAAUGUUGGUGAUGGGGCUAUUUAUGAUAUACAUUAUACGGCUCUGGUAUGAGCCACUCGGGAAAAGUGCAGAAUACAGCGUCUGUUGAAUGAACACCUUGCCAGCAUAUUGGAACAGCUGUGAAAAAAUAAUAGCUACUUCAUAUUUACUGCAUGGCGUAGAAAAUUCCGGCAUCUUCUUUCUUCCUUUCUUUUUUGACGAAACGAUGAUGACAUGAAAACCUAAUGUAAUUGCCUUCGUUUUUGGAACGAUCUUAACGUACAACUUGAGGCUAGAAUAUAUUAUAAAAUGUAAAGUUUUAGGUAAUCGUCAUGAAAGCCUAAUAACUUCGAACCGAUAGACAACACCGGCACUGACACGUCACAGAUGAAAGCAAGUGAUUCCGUCACACCUUCCAACGCUCCCACUUACGAUUAUUCGCCGGCCACCGUUCCUUGAAUCCAUCGAAUGUCCUUUACACUCGUCUAAGAUCCACUACUAUAUCAACCAUGGAAGUUCUUUCGGUGUUCUCAUAGUGACGGAUUGCCAUAUUUUUGGACGUGAUCGCCAUUCUUAUUGCCUCAAGCGAGCUUUGCGAAGCCCUAAUAGACGGAAUGGUGGCAUUCACACUUACACGCUUUCAGAAUUUGUCAUUGUUUCCGUGCUAUAGACUUCGAAUUUGUCGUGACGGGAUGAUCCUCGGCUCAUUGAGGCCGUGGUUGGUGGAAUAUUAUUGUGGCGCUGGCGAGCUUUUCAAUCAAUACUUUGAGGUGAAAAUGAAGAGUAUAUAAAGCGAAAUAUUUCACUGUGUUAGGCACGUCAUCAGCGCAUGGCCUUGAAGCAUACGAAGUUGUUACGAUCAUUUCUAGUCGAUUCAUUCAUCUAUCGUGUGCAUGUUUUGAGAGUGUAAAAAUACCGCAUUGUUUAAGAUUAUAUCAUUUCGCAUGGGUGAUAUAUGGAGACAGUGUUACAUUAUACUUCAUGUUGAUGGUUCCUAGGUUGUUUGUAAAUAAAUGCUCAGAAUCUAUAAUAAAAAUACAUGAAGAGUGGUC